AUGGUUGCUGGUUCCAGGCUGCGAGGCGGCACGGCGUGCGGGGCGACGUUGAAGCGGCCCAUGGAGUUCGAGGCGGCGCUGCUGAGCCCCGGCUACCCGAAGCGGCGGCGCUGCGCUCCUCUGCCCGGCUCCGCGCAGGGCCUCAGGUCUCCGGACGCCGAGCCGCCUCCGCUCCUGUUUCAGAUGCAGAGCCCACCACUGACCGUGCAGCAGUCCGCCCCGCCUAGCGGCGAGCGGCGCCUUCCAACUCCGGGUUCUUCCUGGUUGAAGAAGGGCCAGCCCACCUUUACCGUCCGACAAGUUUGA